AGGUCCCAACUCCAGAAGAAAAACAACACAGAACCAAAUGUUACUCCUUUUUAGACAAGUGUUCUCAGGUGAGAGGAGGAGACAGACUUUCCAUCUUGUAGACAGAUCCUCGGUCUGCAUGGAUCAGUAGAGGAUGAAGGCCAACCCAGCAGGCUCCUCCUCAGAGGCCUGCAGAGCUGCAGGCCAGGGCGAGAAGAGCUGCCCUGUCUGCCAGGCUUGGGGAGGAGUCUCAGGCCUGGGGUCUGAGUCAGGGAUUGGCCCCGGGCUGGGUGCAGUUUCAGGACAUGGACCAGGGCCUACUACAGUUCUGGGGCCGGGGCUGGGGCUUGGUGCUGUGUCCAGACCUGGGCCAGGGCCCGGUGUGGUUCUAGAACCUGGACCAGGGCCUGGUGCUGGGUCCAGACCUAGGCCGGGGCCCGGUGUGGUUCUAGAACCUGGACCAGGGCCUGGUGCUGCGUCUGGACCUGGACCAGGGCCUGGUGCUGUGUCUGGACAUAGGCCAGGGUCUGGUGCUGCUUCAGGACCUGGGCCGGGUCUGGGGCCUGGGCCAGGAGCUGGGUCAGUCCCUGGGCCGGUACCUAGGCCAGGAGCUGCAGCAUUACCUGGGCCAGGGGUAGAGCCUAGGCCCAGACGGGGGUCUGGAACUGGGCCCAAACUCAGUGAGCCAGAGACAGCUUCCACAUCAGCACCACGGCAGAAGACUCAGGCCACACACAGGCAGGCCCCUCGGCAGAAGGUUCUGGUGACUGGAGGAGGAGGCUAUCUGGGCUUUAGCCUGGGUUCCAGCCUGGCCAAGAGUGGCAGUUCUGUCCUACUGCUCGACCUCCGCAGACCGCAGUGGGAGCUGUCCCCAGGGACCGAGUUCAUCCAGGCGGAUGUCCGCGAUGAAGAAGCCCUGUAUCGUGCCUUCGAAGGGGUGGACUGUGUCUUCCACGUGGCGUCCUAUGGAAUGUCCGGUGCUGAGAAGCUGCAAAAAGAGCAGAUUGAGUCUAUAAAUGUUGGAGGCACCAAAGUAGUGAUCAAUGUCUGUGUCCGUCGGCGGGUCCCAAGGCUCAUCUACACCAGCACGGUCAACGUCGUGUUCGGCGGGAAGCCCAUAGAACAGGGUGAUGAGGACUCUGUGCCAUAUUUCCCACUGGAGAAGCACGUGGACCACUACUCACGAACCAAAGCCAUCGCUGACCAGUUGACCCUCAUGGCCAACGGAACACCUCUCCCAGGAGGAGGCACUCUGCGGACAUGUGUGCUCCGACCCCCAGGGAUCUAUGGCCCUGAAGAGCAGAGGCACCUGCCCCGCGUGGCGAGCCACAUCAAGAAGAGGCUAUUCAUGUUCCGAUUUGGGGACCGCAGGACACGGAUGAACUGGGUCCACGUGCACAAUCUGGUGCAGGCACACGUGCUGGCAGCUGAGGCCCUCACCACGGCCAAGAGCUACGUGGCCAGUGGCCAGGCAUACUAUAUCAAUGAUGGGGAGAGUGUCAACCUCUUCGAAUGGAUGGCCCCGCUGUUUGAGGAGCUAGGGUACAGCCAGCCCUGGAUCCAGGUGCCUACUUCCUGGGUUUACCUAACAGCCGCUGUGAUGGAGUAUUUGCACCUGGCCCUGAGGCCCAUCUACAGCGUCCCCCCACUGCUCACCCGGAGCGAGGUGCGCAGCGUGGCCGUGACGCACACCUUCCAGAUCGCUAAAGCCCGCGCGCAGCUGGGCUACGCGCCAGACAAGUUCCGCUUCGCCGACGUCGUGGAACAAUACGUGCGGUCCACGAGCCAGCGGCCCUGCGGCUCUUCGGCGCGGACACUCCUACGGCUGCUGCUCGGGCUGCUGCUGCUGCUCGGGCUGCUCGCCCUGGCCCUGCACCUGCUAGGCCUGCAGCCGUCCUUCGUCUGAAGUUCGUCACUGGCCGGAGUCGGCUCCUGCCUCUCCUCCAUCUUCCGGGCUUGCCCCGCCCAUUUCCCCGCCCACACCCCGCCCUCUGGGCUUGGACCCGCCCCUGGAUCUUGACUCCGCCCCUGUCCUGCCUUCCGGGCUUGGGCUCGCCCCCGUGCCCUUGCUCCGCCCACACCCCGCCCUCUGGGCUUGAUCCCGCCCCCUGGAUCUUGACUCCGCCCCAGUCCUGAUCUCCGGGCCUGGGCACGCCUCUGCUCCGCCUCUUGAGCCAUGGCCCCGCCUUCUGGGUCUUGGCCUGGCCGGGUUACUGAGCAGGUAGCCGCACAGCCUCGUCCGCCUUCCCGGCCUUCACCCCCCUCUCUGCCCCGAAUUCUCCCCUGCUCUGGUUCCGCCCUCUUUCUGGCCGGAUCGGUAGGAUUGCGCCCUCCCCUUCGUUUCUCCUUCCGACUGGCGCUGCUCCUCCCUCUGGAUCUGGUCCCUCCCCUCUUCUAAUUGUAAUUCGGCAAUAGCCCCGCCCUCUCCCUCUCAGUCCCCGCCCCUCUCCAGCCACGCCUCCUAGGUGAGUUCCUGGGGCCUGGCCGGAGUCGUUUCUAGAGGCCAAGUGCAGGUCUGUUUGCCGUUUUCCCGGUCUGCUGCUGCCUCUCUAGGGACACUGGACCCUCCUCGCCGCUCAGGCUCCUCUGUGCUUGUCCUGAGAUCAUCUUGAGAUGUUGGAAUAGACUCAUUCUAGGAGAAUUGCCUUUGAUCUGCUGCUACCUUAAUGUUUUGGGUUCACUCAGUCAUGCAUGUCUCCCUGUGUGUUGAUAGUCAGGGUUGGAGGGUCACCUGAGACCCAGGCUUCUGCCUAACCCAGCCUAGCCUUUUUGGGUUUCCGGCUUCCUAGCCUGGGGCUGACUUAGUAAGCACAGGCUUCUGUACCAGCAAGGAUCUAAACCAAAACAAAACUUUUUAAGGUGGUCAAAAGGUAUAAACUUCCAGUUAUAAAAUAAAGAGGUCAUGGUGAUGUAAUGGUGACUAUGGUUAAUAAUACUAUAUUAUAUAUGUGAAAGUCGCUAAGAGAGUAGAUCUUAAAAAUUCUCCUUAAAAGAAAAAAUUGUAACUAUGUCUUGAUGGAUGUUAACUAGACGUGAUCAUUUCACAAUAUAUACAUAAAUCAUUAUGUACAUCUGAAAUUAAUAUUAUGUGUAAGUUAUAUCUCAAAAAAUAACUUUUUAAAGAACUGGACCUUUUGAAAAAGUACCAAUAUAAUGGGAAGAGUUAGACCUUAUUUUGGUCCUAUUUUAUAAUUUCAUAUUUCUUCUACUUGUUAAUAAGGGGGCAGUGGUGAUCACCAUAAUCUUUAAUGUUUAAACCCACAAAAUUUCUUAAUCGAGCCUUGCUUUCCACAGAAACACCCCUUCCCAUUGUCUUGGUAUGAAUUAUGAGUACGAGGCUAUCAGUGGGUAAACAUAUCCAUGUAGAUAUCAUAAUGUGCACACGCACAUUAUGGCAGAGAAGAAAACCAUCACAAGCCUAACAACACCUGUGGCGGAGGGGAGUGAAUGUGUUAGAGCCAACAUGGCCAUCCCCAGUGUAUCCCUCUCUGCGAAACAAUUAAGACAGUUUGGGAAGCAACUGAGAAGUGCAUGCUCCCCUUUGCUCGGUUAAACUGCAUGUGUGCAUAUAAUUUUUUAAAAGCUCAGUGAUAAUCCUUUAUGUCUGUUUAAUGCUUGACAGUUUGAAAGGGCUUUCAUCUAUCUGCUUUUAUUUAAUUCUUAGGGCCACCCUUACAGAAGGGUUUAUUGUUCCCAUUGCAUAAAUGAGGAACUUGGGGUUAUAUCUAACUUCGAAGUGGACGACGUGGGGGUUCCUCCUCUGCAGCUGGAGUCAUUUGGAGGAGCUGCCCAAGGCUCAAACACCACACUCAGUGAUGUCUGCUCUUCUGCAUCCCAGCCAUGUCAGGGCUUCCUUUGAGCUCUGGCAUCUACCUUGGGCCAUUUGGGGCCGGCAGCCCUUGGGCUCCCUUUCUUCUCAGUACGCACGUGCCUCUAAACUCAUUACCUUAUUCUCUAUUGAGACCUAACCUCUCAAUUUCAGAACUUGGCUUCUGGCACACAGUAGACCUUUCUAUCAAUCCUGAGAAAUCUGUGCUCAGGGCACGGAACACAGGCUUUACUAUCCACAUAAUCUUCUACAUCUUUUGUCUUCUGCCAAAACACAGCUUUCAAAAAACAAAAGAAGGAUCCCUUUCUUUGUUUUCUGGAUUUCUCUGAGUCCUCGCUUUCCCUAGCUACACUCUGGGCCUGGGGGCAGUGUGGGUCACUCUGCCAAGAAAGCUUCCCUCCUUUCGUGUGUCUUGACCCACUGGAAAAGGAGUCCACUUUGUCCACCCAACGGACAAACGGAGUUCCCAUGAGGACUUUAGAGGCUGCCCAGGUAACCAGCCCUCCGUGCAUGAGGUUCUGAGAGAAGAAGGAGGUCCUAGCUUACUUGGAAACACUGAGUAGAAGCAAUGUGAAUGCAGAAAACAGAGCUGUCACUGUGGGCAGCCAAUCGAAUGGACCGUCAAGGUGAAUUCAUAAGUUUCCCACUGUGGGUGCUGAAACUAUUCCCUGUUGUAGACCCAAGGCUGGGUGUCUAAAAUAUCCUCCAGGGCGCCUGGGUGGCUCAGUCGUUAAGCGUCUGCCUUCGGCUCAGGUCGUGAUCCCAGGGCCCUGGGAUGGAGCCCUCCAUCAGGCUCCCAGCUCCACGGGAAGCCUGCUUCUCCCUCUCCCUCUUCCACUCCCCCUGUGUCUCUGUGUCAAAUAAAUAAAUAAAAUCUUUAAAAAAAAAUAAAUAAAAUAAAUAAAAUAAAAUAUCCUCCAGUCUCAGAGUGCCUGGCUGGCUCAGUGGGAGGAGUGUGUGACCUUUGACCUCAGGGUUGUGGUCUCAAGCUCCAUGUUGAGUAUAGAGAUUACUAAAAAAUAAAUUUAAAAAAUAUCCUCUAGUCUCUCUCAUCUUAAAAAUAUUCCCCCGAGUCCCCAUUUCCUGUCUCAGUGCUGCUCCUUUGGUUCUCCCCCCUUCUCAAAAUCAAAUUUUGUGAUGAGUUGUCCACACUUACGUUCAUUUCUUCUCUUCAACUCAUUCAAAAUGGCUUUUUAAAAAAGAUUUUAUUUAUUUACCUAUUUAUUUGAGAGAGAGAGAAGGAGAGAGAGCAAGCCGGGGGUGGGGGAAGCAGAAGGAGAGGGACCAGCAGACUGCGCUGAGCAGGAGCCCAACCCGGGAGUUGAUCCAACAACGCCGAGACCGUGACCUGAGCCAAAACCCAGAGUCAGACGCUUGACUGAUUGAGCCCCCCAGGUGCCCUCAAAAUGGCUUUAUUCGGGGUCAUCAAUGACCUUGUCCACAAAUCGUAUCCAAUGGAUAUUUUUCAGUCUUUAUCUUGCCAAGCCUCUUAGCAGCGUUCAACAUACUCCCUCUACUCCCUCUUCGCAAUACUCUUCUUGGCCUAUCGGACACCACCGCUGUUUUCCACGUGUCUCUGACCAGCCUUUCUCUGUCCCCUCUCUCCCACUGCCCUCCCUUUAAGACGACGUUCCUCAGGACUCUGUCUUGGCCCCUUGCACACUUCCUGAGCAAGUCCGUCCAUUCCCGUGGCCUCAGUCUCCACCACCUCCCAAAGCUGUAUCAUUUGUUCAGUGUCCCCUUGACCUCCAGACUUCUGUGUCCAACCUCCUACUCAAGUCCAUGUCCCACAUCUCAAACUCAUUGUGAAUCAAAUUGAAUCAUCUUCUCCACGAACUCCUCUUCAUCCUGCGUUCCCUCCUAGGGAGAGGAGAGGCACCCCCAGUGCCACCAGCCAGUGGCUCAGGUCCCAAACCUGGUCAUCACUUUUGACAUGUUCUUCACAUCCUCAUCAGGGAGUUCUCUCAGAUCACUUCCAAAAUUUCUGUCUGACCAACCCUUUGUGUCCUACCCACCAUCAUAACCGUGGUAUAAGCCACUCUCCUUUCUCCUAGACAGCUGCGGUAGACUUUGAAUGGACCCUCCUCUUCCCGCUGCCAGAGGGAACUUUCUAAACCCAAAAUUGGAACACGCCACCCUCCCACUUAAGACCUUUUGAUGGUUUCCCAUUGCCCUCAGGAUGAAGUUCAAAGCCUCAACGGGGCCUUCAAGACCCUCCUUGCCUAACAGGUCAGCCUCAUCUCUUGCCAUUAGUCCGUCCAUGCUGCUCUCUGCUCAGCUGCCCUGAAUUGACUUCAGAGUAUCUCAAACACACCAGGCUCUCAUCUGCCGCUAGGAUCUUCCACAUGCUGUUUCUCUUCCUGGGACUCCUCUCUCCCACCUUCGCAGACCUAACCUCUCAAUUUCAAGUCCCAGCUAAAUGUCACCUCCUCGGUUGACCCUGAGCCAGGUUAGCACGCACUUUAGAAGACUCCUCACAGGUGUAAUUUG